GAGUCAGGUUCUGUGAUGCUGCUCCUAGCGCUGCCAUUUCAUCAACAGCAACAUUCAUUUCAUAACAUUUUGCGGCCUUCAAAAACUGUAAACGAAAAAAAGAGAGUAGUGAAAAGAAAACGAACCCGUCGAAUGUAUCACAUUCGAAACGAGUGUGGUUUUAGACAAUAGUGUUGACUUCCGUUUACAAAUAAUAACCUUUUGUGGAGUAAAGCGUGCUGUGGAUUCUUCUCUUAGACCUAGGCCGUUCGAGCCCGUUGUUAUCGUUAUAAACCGUAAUAAAAACAUUAGACCCGUCGUUGGAUCUCUCCAGGGGAAUUGUAAACUGUGGUUUAUGUGUCGCUGUAAGACCUUUUUCCGGAGUUUGUUCUACGAAAGAGGAGACGAGCUUCUCGAAACGAUGGAACCUGCAGCAUUCGGGUUCUGAACGCCGCAACUAAACAACAAGCUAGACAGUAGUCACAAUGGAGGCGAUAUGGCUGUACCAGUUCCGACUCAUCGUCAUUGGGGACUCGACGGUGGGGAAAUCGUGUUUGAUCCGGCGGUUCACAGAGGGACGCUUCGCCCAGGUGAGCGACCCCACAGUCGGCGUAGAUUUCUUCUCUCGCCUGGUGGAGAUCGAGCCGGGGAAACGGAUCAAGCUACAGAUCUGGGAUACUGCGGGACAGGAGCGGUUCAGGUCCAUCACAAGAGCCUACUAUCGUAACUCGGUGGGCGGGCUCCUGCUGUUUGACAUCACAAACCGUCGCUCCUUCCAGAACGUUCAUGAUUGGCUAGAGGAGGCCCGGAGUCACGUCCAACCACACAGCAUCGUGUUCCUAUUGGUCGGACACAAGUGUGACCUGGAGCCUCAGCGUCAGGUGACUCGUCAGGAAGCUGAGAAACUCGCCGGCGCCUACGGGAUGCGUUACGUAGAAACCUCGGCCCGCGACGCCAUCAAUGUGGAGCACGCCUUCACGGAGCUGACCAGGGACAUCUUCCACCUGGUGAGGAGCGGUGACAUCACUAUCCAGGAGGGUUGGGAAGGGGUGAAGAGCGGCUUCGUCCCCAACGUGGUCCACUCCUCCGAGGAGGUCACCAAGAGUGACCGGCGGUGCCUCUGCUGAUCUGGAGGGAUCACUAGAGAGAUCUCUGACUCAAGCCUGGUUUCACCUAGGUCCUCCUGGAUCCAUUUCAGCUCUAGUUUAGCCAUUUCCCUCUGCUGAUCUGCAUCAGGAUGGAGGGAUCUUCAACACAACUACACUACAUGGUCAAAAGUAUGUGGACACAUCAAAUUAGUGGAUUUUGCCACUUCAGCCACACCUGUUGAUGACAGGUGUAUAAAAUCGAGCACACCACCAUGCAAUCUCCAUAGACAAACAUUGGCAGUAGAAUGGCCCGUACUGAACAGCUCAGUGACUUUCAAUGUGGGACCAUCAUAGGAUGCCACCUUUCCAACAAGUCAGUUUGUCAGAUUUCUGCCCUGCAAGAGCUGCUCCAGUCAACUGUAAGUGCUGUUAUUGUGAAGUGGAAACAUCUAGGAGCAACAGCGGCCCAGCUGCGAAGUGGUAGGCCACACAAGCUCACAGGUUGUCGAGAUCGGUGUGGAAGAACUUGACUGACCUGCACAGAGCCCUGACUUCAACCCCAUCAAACACCUUUGGGAUGAAUUGGAAUGCCGAGUGCGAGCCAGGCCUAAUCGCCCAACAUCAGUGCCCAACCUCACUCAUGCUCGUGACUGAAUGGAAGCCAGUCCCUGUAGCAAUGUUCCAACAUCUAGUGGAAAGCCUUCCAGGAAAAGUGGAGGCUGUUCUAGCAUCAAAGGGCAAACCAACUCCAUAUUAAUGCCCAUGAUUUUGGAAUGAGAUGUUUGACUAGCAAGUGUCCACAGACUUUUGGCCAUGUAGUAUAGAUCCCUGGUUUCCCCAUCUCCUUUCUUCCAAUAUGCAAUCCCAUAACACAAUUUAUACAGCCAGAAGGCAUCACACACCAUGGUUGGGCAAGGUUUAGCCAAAACGACAUUCUAUUUGCCUCAGUUUAAAGGAGACUGAGAUGGAGGGGGCUCUCAGUCUCUCCCCUCCCCCCCCAAAGGAAACUAAAUCUGGUCUCAAAAACUCUGUGGUUCUCUACUUUUUUCCCCCACCCAUCAUCCAACGACCACUGUACAAUCCCUAUCCAACACCAUAAUGGACUUUAUGGACCCUGUAGACAGGGAUGUAAGGGAACGACUGUUUGACUGACAGUACAGGUGGACAAAGUGACUCCAGGGACGUAUUCACUUCACAUCAAAUGGAGGAAAUGGACAAAACAGGAAGGGACAACCUGAACCAAUAAGAAACUAGUUGUUUUUUUAGCAAAGCAUUUUUUUGUUGUGUUUUUUUUCUUCUUUCUUAAUGGUGUCCACUAAUGAAUACGACCCCGUAAAAGGUGGACUAUAAGGGGAUAUUAGGCUUCCCUGAGUACCGGUACAUUACCUGAACAUUACCUGUCCCCUUUGCAAGAAUCCAAAUCCCUGAGGAGGGUCAAACUGACAACAGAGGAGGACUAUUUAUUUUAGUACGUUUGAACAAUGUCUCUGGAACUUGUCCUAGUGAUUCUGGAAUCUAGCGGAGGAACCCAUGGUAACAGCUAGGAGAACAUACUCUAAAAACACCAUAACUUGUCCUAGUGAUUCUGGAAUCUAGCGGAGGAACCCAUGGUAACAGCUAGGAGAACAUACUCUAAAAACACCAUAACUUGUCCUAGUGAUUCUGGAAUCUAGCGGAGGAACCCAUGGUAACAGCUAGGAGAACAUACUCUAAAAACACCAUAACUUGUCCUAGUGAUUCUGGAAUCUAGCGGAGGAACCCAUGGUAACAGCUAGGAGAACAUACUCUAAAAACACCAUAACUUGUCCUAGUGAUUCUGGAAUCUAGCGGAGGAACCCAUGGUAACAGCUAGGAGAACAUACUCUAAAAACACCAUAACUUGUCCUAGUGAUUCUGGAAUCUAGCGGAGGAACCCAUGGUAACAGAUAGGAGAACAUACUCUAAAAAUACCAUAACUUGUCCUAGUGAUUCUGGAAUCUAGCGGAGGAACCCAUGGUAACAGCUAGGAGAACAUACUCUAAAAAUACCAUAACUUGUCCUAGUGAUUCUGGAAUCUAGCGGAGGAACCCAUGGUAACAGAUAGGAGAACAUACUCUAAAAACACCAUAACUUGUCCUAGUGAUUCUGGAAUCUAGCGGAGGAACCCAUGGUAACAGCUAGGAGAACAUACUCUAAAAACACCAUAACUACCUAGAAUUCCACACCUGCGGACAUCUAAAUUACAGUUAACUCUAUAGACACAAGUAUGGCAACAGACAUGUGCAUUCAAUAUCUCAAAUCAGUAUAGAAAUAAGGACACUCAUUCCAAAAAAUAAAAUCACAUUUUGUUAAUGACUAAGACGAUGUAACAAUAACCUUUCUGGUUUGGUAACUGAAACAUGAAAUGGUUUGGGCACAAUAGGUGGAGGGACAGAACUUGCUGCGUUGUAACAAAUGGUGUCCUACAUUUUAUUUUCAGUUCAUGAUGUUUUGUAGCCACUGUGUUCAAAGGUCAAUUUCUUUCUCAUCAGAAAAAACUAUGAUUCCUUCAUCUCUAGUGAUGAGAUUGAAAUAAGAUUUUAAUAAUCUGAUAAGGUUAUUUGUUUUGGAUAGGGGAAGCGCCAUUGCUUUCCUCUGAAUGGGCGAGUGUAUACUACUGAUUCUGAAGGGCACCUUUUCAUCUACAUGAUUUGUGUAAUAACUGCAAGGAUGAACUGCUAUCGUCCACCUUUUCCAAAGAGUGAUGCAUUAUCGUAUGUCAAUCUAACAUUUCAGGGCCAGGGGAGCUGGGGUGACUGUGUACAUCUAUCAUGUAGGAUUACCCUUGACAAGGAAGAGUGGAUGGUAAACGUUCUCAAUCAUCAAAUCUGGGACCAUUUUGCAGAGUCUUGACGAGGGACUUUUCGCUCCUUUACGACUUGGCUCACGAAUGGACUUCUUUGGGUUACUAUGUGCUUUUCCCAGUUUCGUGGACAUUCUAGUUCUAGAACAGAAUCUUGGACAUCAUGAUGUUCCACCUGUCGAAUUAGAAGUAGAAUUCUAUUCAGUGCUCUUAACUGAACAACGGUGUCUUCACCAAUCUCCUCCAAUGCUUAUACCGUAUCAGAGUAGUCUGUCUAGACAGAUGGGUUGAGACUAGUAUCAGAGGGUUCAAGGAGUUUGGAUCAGUUGCUCCUCAUCAUCUAAUAAGACACUAUGUAAGUAAGGUCUCUAAUCACAGAUAUAGGAUCAGAUUACCAGAGCCCCCAACACUAACAUUUACCAGUAGACUAACACAAAGACAUCGGAUCCUGUAUCGGUUCUUAGAGGCAACUUCUAUCUACUGUGUCACACACAAGCAGACGUGGGGCGCGUUCAGCAACAUUUUGGAAAGUUAAAGAUAGAAAUUUGCUCUGUGGCAUAUAGAACAAUGUUCCACGUUUAGCUCUAUUCAUGGAAAUUCUAACUACAUCGUUCGACAACGUCGGCUACUGAACGUGGACAAGCAGUUACUUAGCCUGGUAAAACCAGACAUAAUGAAAGGAAACAAAAAGAGAAGCGCUGUGAAAUCAGUUGGAUACCAGGCUAGCUGUUGCUCAUAAACAAUAUAACACGCAAGUAGACCAUCAAUGUACAGCAUUACUAGGGUCGUAUUCAUUGGGCACCAAACGGAAGACAACAGACUGAAACAAGAGAGGAAACUACCCUCUCUGUUUUGCAACGUUGUGCCCUAAUGAAUAGGACCCAGGAUGAAUCUUCUCAUUUUACUCGAUGGCAUCUUCUUCUCUUUGUCUCCAAUCUGUACAAUACCAUGUAACUACUGUUCAUUCAAUUCAACAUCUAUGGAACUUUCUGGGCCACUACUAUUCUAUCAAAACAACUUGAAAUGUACUAAAAAAAAUCAAUAAAAAAUGUGACCGGUAAAACACC